AUGCCAAGGCUCGCGAACGUCACACUUGACAAGCUCGAUGACAGUGUCAAAAACUGGUUGAACGAUCAGAACACCCAGACGCUGAACGGAGCCCUGGCCUUUGUGCCCUUCAUCCUACAGCAGGCAAGGCCUCGGAAGCGGGACCUCCGGAAGAGAAGGGCCUUCUUUGAAGGGAACCUCGACGAGAAGCAGAUUGUGAUCCACAAGGGGUCUGGAGGUGUCGUUUUUUCUGAUGCCAGUGGCUUCACAGCCCUCACUGAGAAGUUAGCGAAGAAGAGCAACGGUGCCGAGUUGCUAUCUCAGUGCCUGACAGCCUUCUUUACACCGCUGAUAGACCUUAUCAAUGCGUACCGUGGAGACACCAUCAAGUUCAGUGGAGAUGCACUGACGAUAUACUUUCCCUCCGUCGACGACACCAAGACUUCCAGCUUUAAUGGCAUCGUGCCGCCGCACGGAAGCUUUGGCCUCGCUGAUCUCGGCCCCAUGGCAACGGCCGUCCUCCGAGCGUCUGCUUGCUGCAUUGAGAUCCACAAGAGGCUGCACAUGUUCGAGACAGGUGUUGAUGAUGUGCGGCUGUGCCUGCACAUCGGCGUGGGCUGUGGUGAGAUUAGCAUCCUGCAGGUGGGUGGCAUCGUUCCGCCGGAGACUCACAUCCCGAGGAUAGAGUAUCUCAUCUCCGGAGCCCCGCUCGAGCAGAUCUCCAUCGCAGAGCCCCUCGCCAAGAACGGCGAGACGUGUCUGAGCCCACAGGCCUGGGAGCUGGUGAAAGACUGCGUCAUCGAAGGCCGCCCGCUGGAGGACCGCAUGGACUUCCACCUGCUGCUCCGGAUGGAUGAGUCGAAGUACACCUUCCCGACCAUCAAAUAUGCCACUCAACUCUACGACACGCGCAUCGAGAACUGCUUCAAGCUUGACCAGCUGAACAUCACGAGGCGGUACAUCCCGUCUGCCGUCUUCAAGCAGAUCGAGUGCGGCACCCUGCAGUACGUCAACGAGAUGCGCAACAUCUCCGUUAUCUUCAUCAAUGGUUCUGGCUUAGACGUCAUGUCGUCGAACGGCCCUAGCCAGGCGCAGGAGCUGAUGUCAUCCGUGCAGAAGGUAUGCUACGCGCACGAGGGAACCCUGAACAAGUUCUUAAUUGAUGACAAAGGCAUGCUCUUCCUCCUGGUCUUCGGCUUGCCGCCCCUGGUGCACCCAGAUGACCCUGCAAGGGCCGUGCUCGCCAGCAUGGAGCUGGUCCAGGUCUUCAAGAGAUUGGAGCUCGUGGGGCGGUUCGGGGUCACAACUGGCCGAAGUUACUGUGGAGUCUGUGGAAGCGCCAAGCGCAUGGAGUACACAGUUCUUGGCGACUGCGUGAACUUAUCAGCACGGUUGAUGGCCAAUGCUCCGCCUUUGGGAGUUCUGACGGAUGAAGAGACCAGCAGACACUCGACAGGUGAGAUUGACUUCAAGCCCCUGGCACCCAUCAAGGUGAAAGGAAAGACGAAUCCGAUCUCCAUCUUUCAGCCGACUCUGCGGGAGGCAGGGAAGAUCCAUCCGUGGAAGACUGCCUUGCACGCACCGGACCAAGUUGUCGGGGCCUCCACGCCCACCCCUCGCAUGAAGGCUCCGGCAAACAGCCCCUUCGCCGAGGGAGGUUUGGUCGUCAUCGAAGGUGCAAACGGUUUGGGGAAAAUCGAGCUGGCAGAGCACAUCGCCACUCAUUGCGCAUUGCAGUUUCAGACGCUGCCCGUCUUCGGCUCGAUGGGCCCCAGGCCGGGGGAGUCGACCCGCAUGGCCGUGGAGCUGAUUCGGAGUUUGGUGGGGGUCUAUCGCACAUCAAACUCGGCCACCCCGGCCGACGAUGCGCAGGCUCUCGAGAAGCUGAUGCCGGCACAGUAUGCCAGCAGCAUCGACCAGCUGAAGCGGCUGUUGGCCCACGAGACGCUGGAAGAUACGGCCGCCACGCUCGAGGUCGCCCUGAAGGUGAUCAUCUCCCUUCUUGCUGGACUCAAGAACAAGUCAGGAAUUCUGGUGGUUCUGCAGUUCGAGCAGGGGACGAGCCUCUUCGAGAAAACUGCCAAGGAUGACUUGGCGAUCUUCUGGAGAUUUACCUCCGAACUCAGCAUCCUCAUUGCGAAGGAGAGGUCGAUCAGCGGCCUGGUGCUUGUACGAGAGGCACGGUACGACCAGCAGUGUGUCAAAGACGCCGCUGCAGCCGGGACCUUGCUGACUCUCAAGGGCCUCAAUGAAGAGCAUAUCCUUGAGUACAUGGCCAACUACCUGGGCAUCCCAGAGGAAGCCGUGCCACCGCCGCUGAGACGUUUCGUUUCACAGGUAACCAUGGGCAACCCGCUCUACAUCCGUGAAACCUUGGACCAGCUCAGCGAGGAAAACGUCCUCAAGGUGAAGCCUGGUACGUCAGCGACCUUGAUCGGGGCGCUCGAAAAAAUAGACAUCUCUGCCUGGAACCACACUGCCAUGGUGGGAGGAACUGUCUGUAACAUCGAGUCCCUGGACCCAAUCGAGAUGGCGGCCUUGAAGAUGUCCACUUGCUUCGAAGGGCCGUUCACGCUUCCAGAUCUGGCAGCAAGCAACUGCUCGCAAUGGGGUGGGUCGACGCACUUUGACUUGUUGCGCCUCUUCAGAGCAACCAGAAAAUUGGUGUCCAGAGGCUUCAUAGACAAGGUGCCUCCCCCGAGGGAGAGCCCUCGGAGUGCCGGCAGCGACAAUAACUUCGGGGACACCGAGUACUUCUUCAUGCAAAGUGCCCUGAUCCGAACGGUUGGCGCCUCCAUGGUGCUCGAGGCGCAGAGAAAGUCAGUGAAGCGAAAUGCUUUGAUCGACAGAGUCCUAAAGCAGGAUCUGCCGGAGCGAAUGACGGAGCUGGCUGCCAAGAAGUCGGUGCAGCACAUCCCUUGGUACUACGAGCGAGCACUCAGACGAAUGUUGCCCUAG